AUGGACAUACAGAUUGUCGUUGCAAUUGUGAAGAAGUGUGUGAAUUCAGAAGAUGGUCAGGUUGAUAUUACGAUAAACAGUAGAAAGUUCGUGGUGGAGAUUGUGACUUUGAAACCUGAAAGUUUGUUCAAUACCUCGUUAUCUAGUUCAUUGUAAGUAAUAUUCUUUAGAAAUUAAGUUUUAGAGUUGAGUCUGUUCACGGUGCGGUGGAUUGUCAAUAUGAACAUCGCAAGACUGAUAGUGAUUUGGAAGUAUUUCAAAAGAUAGCCGAGAAUAUUGGAGUUAGUUGGGUCAAAGUGACUGAGGACUUCAAUACCGAUGUUACCUAUCGUAGAACUUGCAGUUCUAGCCAUCUUAGACCUGUUUUAUGCUUCAUUGAGCUCUGGGACUGUGUUAGGAUUGUUUUUUAUGGCCACGACAAGUUGGAGUCUUUAUAUUCUUAUGCUUUACACUCUUUUCAAACUAUCAAAACUGAAUCUCCAGUAAGUCAGCAUUAAUAAAAAUACUUUUUGUUUUAUUUUCAUGUUAAAAAUUGUGGAUAAGACGUGAUUUUAGGUAUUCAAUAUCCUUUUGUAUCAGCUGGUGAAUAUCCAGGAGUUUUUGGCAUCAAAAAAGAUUUAUCCAAUAUUUUCACCUCAUAGUAUUAAUGCCGAUUCAAACUUAUGGUUGAAGAUAUCACUGGACAAGCUUUUACGUCAGAAUAACUUUAGUUUGUUGGGAGACACACUUGCUGAAGUCGAGAAGUCAGUUAAAGAUGUGGAUUACAGUAGACUGUGGGAGAUAACACGGGCAUGGAGGGAUUGGAAGAUAUCUAACUACGAGUAUAUUAAUAUUCUGAAUCAGUUUUCAGGUAAUUUAGUUUUUUUUAUUUUCUAUUGUGUUUUAUAUUAACGUUGAAUAGUUUAUAUUUUUAAUACAUAAAGAUUCUUACUGUGUAGCGUCAAAAUCACUAAUUCAGGUCGUGUUCAUGGUGACCCUCACAAACACCCGAUAUUUCCAUGGGUAGUAGACUUCACGACGUUUGAAGGUGGAUACCGUGACCUUACGAAAAGUAAAUACCGUAUUCAGAAGGGAGAUGCUCAGCUUAUUGAGCAGUAUAAGCGACAGCCGGCUCAUCACAUCCCAGAAUUGUUGUCAGAACUGAGUUACACUAUGUAUCGUGCUCGAAUAGAAUCCAAAGAUAAUUUAAUCAGAUUUGUAAGAAAGCAGGUAAGUUUAAUGUCAGGUUAACAUUUACAACAAAUGUGUUACCUAUAACGGUAGUAUUUAUUAUAUUAUGGUUUUAGUGGCUUCCAGAAGCCUACCCUGCUAAUAUGCGACGGUUGUUCGAAACGACUCCAGAUGAAUGUGUUCCAGAAUUCUACGAUGAUCCGAACGUCUUCAAGUCUAUUCACAACGACCUCUCCGACCUUCAGAUACCAGAAUGGACUGAGACUCCAGAAGACUUCAUAAAGUGGCACCGUGCAAUGUUGGAAUCUGAAGAAGUUUCUGCCAACCUGCACAAGUGGAUCGACCUUGUUUUUGGGUAUCUAUUGUCAGGCCCUGAAGCUGUGGAAGCUUUGAAUGUUCAUUUAUGUUUUGUGAGAGUAGCACCAUCCGAUAGGACUGUUGGUGCUGUUCAAUUGUUCACGAAUCCGCAUCCAAAAAGGAAGCUGAGGUCAGAGUUGGAUGAAGUUGCUUCUCCAGAUGAAGCUACGUUAGGUUACCCAGAUGAAUACUUUCCAAUCGACCGGUGUGACAUGGUAAAACCUGGAGAAUCGUUCAACUUGAGUCAGUUGUUAGAACAGUUCUACAAAAAACAUGUAAGUUUCAAUUUUCGAGAAUUCUGCUUUGAAAUGACUUCUUCUACAAGUGAUGGCAACAAGUGUUAUAGGGUGGAGUAAAAGAGUACGUCCAAGAGAGUAUAAUCAGUAUUGGCGUCACGAUCGUGGAGUUGUGUCUUCCAGAAUUCUGUCGAGAUCUGUCUGAGGAUGCCAGCUUUGAAGACCGUUAUGCUCGAGCUCAGGGACUGGUCAUCAACAGACCGAACAGAAUACCUCGACAUAUUAAAAAGGCCAUCCGUAUUCUAUUGAAUGUCUCUGAAGAAGACAACGAACUUAAUGUAAGGUCUUGUGGAUAUUGCUGGUUGGGCACAAUACUGUUACUUUUAUGUAUAUAUACACAUAUCGUAGUCGAUGUUCAAUAAUGUAGUAAAAUAGCACCUUGAUAAUGGCCGUUAUGUGAUAAGGAUUUUUAGUUAGCUUUAAGAUGGUUUCUAUAAGUUCUAUGGCAAUGCUAAAAUGAUGUUUUUAGAAGUACUCGCUUACCUCAAGCCUCCGGAACUUGUUGUUCUUGCCUCACCAAGUGUUUCCUGUUCAUGCGCAGCUCUCGACAUAUCAUGCCAUAGACAUAGACCUUAUGGAUGCUAUUUGCAAUCAAGAUGGUGAGCGUUUAUUGGCUUUUUUUGUUUUUACUUCUUAAAAAUUAACUGUUCAUGCUUCUCUUACCACGGUUAUAUUAAUAAAAAAAUAUCAUCAGAUGAUUCAAUACUUAAUGUUGAUUGUUUUCAGACAAACGAAUAGAAACGUAUUACAUGGAGAGAGUAGACAUCCUAAAGGAUUGUGUCGAGUUUUCUGAUUAUUCGUCGUUGUGGGUCGACUACUUCAUCGACCUACUGCAAGACCUGAGGUUCGCCGUCAAUGUUUGUAGAAAGUUGUUCUAUCGAAUAUCUGAGUUUACUGGUAUUGAGGAUGUUAAGGUCAUGAUACCUCCGAUUUCUAGGCUUUUUGAGUACAAUAUUCCUGAAUUGGCCAAAGUAAGCGUUUUUGAAAGGAAAGUAGUUACCAUAUUUUAAUAUAUUAUUCUGUGUUAUAUCUUAAUAAUUUAGCUGUUCGAACGUCAUUUUUUGAUACAAUUGUCGAUGCGUUUUGGCACAAAAGAGUUCUUCAACAGUUUUCUGCCUAGAGUAAUCGAAGCUUUACUAUCAAUCGAUAGGAAUCUGAGUGAUGUGUCAAGGGAGAGUGUGCUAUGGUUGUCCAAGAGAUACGGUCCUAUACUUACUGGAAAGCACAUUACCCCAAAUAUACUCAAGCUACUGGCUCUGUGCUUCUCGGAUCAAAAGAAGUCGGUUGUCAGCGCUAAAGAGGUAUGAUCUACCGAGUUGCUUAUUAUAUGUUUCUUAAUUACCUUACUACAUACAAUCAUUAGCUUGCCUUCUUUGAUUUCUACUGCCAGUAAUUUUACUUCUUUUAGAUGAACCUUGACUUGCACGUUGAAGGUGACAAGUCAGCCAAAUUAGUCGUGAACUGUCUGGUGGACCUGGCCGUGAUCUAUGGGCCAUCAGUGAUAACUCUACACUACCUUCCUUACUGCGCUGAUCUCAUCGAUCAAGGUCUUCGAAGACUCAAUCUGGCUUCAGAGUCCGCGUUAAUUUCAUCGAUGGAGUUGGUACAGUCCUGUUGUGAUUGUUUGAGUGACAAACAACUGAUGGACGACUUGAACGAACUGAUUGUGGACAGGAUCUUCAUUCCAAUGUCACGCCUUUUGUCAUCUCAAAAUGUCACAUUCUCAUCUGACGAUGCCCGACGACUGUUGGCGUGCAAAGCAGUACGAUCGUUCCAUUUGUUGGCAUGCAGAUUGGGAGGAGAGAACGUCCAGAAGUACAUGAAGGUGGUGCUCCAGAAGCUGUUCUCCACGUUCAGUAUGUUGUAUGACAUUGAACGAGAAGAAGGUCGAGACCUUUUUAAGGUGGGGGAAGGUGCUCCACCUCAGUUAGUCGUUACGUUCUGUCCAGAGUUUGCUUCGCUGCUUCUGAAGGCGUUUUCGAGAAUUUGUGGAAGGAAGUACCUGAUUGAACUGAUACCAGAUCCAGUAUUAGUGACACAUCUUGCAUCUACAUGCUCGGCUGAUCUCGAGAAUGGUAAGGUAGUAGUGAUCUCGUCCAAAACUGCAUUUGAAUCAUUGUCAUCGCUUCUGAAGUUGUCACAAGUUGUGGAAACUCCACCAUCCUUGUCGAUGGUGGCGUCGUUUGGUAGUGGAAAUCGAUUAUGCCUUCAAGAAGACAUGUCCGACGAGUAUUCGAGGGAUGUCAUGCCUUCUAGUUUCGACCCAGGGUCCAAUAAUUCGUUACAGUAUGUUAGCACCACACUUAAAGUUGGUAGUUGUAGAAGAUGUUGUUUUAUGCACUUUUUGACCAAAGUAUACUAAAUCGAAUCAAAAGUUUAAUUUAGUAAGCCUUAUCUACUGUUUGUUUAAUGUUGUAAUCGAUCGUAUUCCAGCUCCAAAAUGGUGGGUUCGGACAUGUCACCGCAUUUAUCAGAGAACUGGGUGCAACGCUUUCGCUCGGCCUUAUCAGCGACUUCAGACGACUUGACCUUCGAUCAGAUAAGCUUGGUCACGUACUCUGGUCACACCAACGCCAUCAAGAAGAUCCGAGUGCUGGACAACGAGAACUCCUUCAUCAGUGCAUCGGCCGACAAAACGGUGAAAGUGUGGUCGAUAAAGACCUCGGAGGAAGCGUCACAAAGCCAGUGGACUUACCGUAACCACACCAAACCCAUCCAAGAUGUACUCUUUAUGCCCGUCUCCUCCACAAUCGUAUCUGCUGACAGUUCAGUACAUGUCUGGGAUCCAUUCAGAGGAUCUGUCAUACAUCAAGCCGGCUGGCCAACAGGCUCCUCCGACCAGUCGAUUGUUUCUCUGCAAAAAAUUGACAAUUAUUCGAUUGCGGCAGGGUCAAGUCACGAUCAUGUUGUACGGUAAGGGCAAAACAUAAAAUGUCACUGUAAAAGUUAGGAACUAUAGUAAUGUAAACAUUUAUUGCUUCAAUAAAUGUUUACGUUGCCUAUUACAUACUUCAAUAUACAUACUUUUUACAUUGAACUGGUUUUAGGGUAAUGGACAUACGUAUGGGUGCGUGGAGUUACCACUACCUGGCUGGUCUCCAACAAAGUAAUUCUAUUGGGAUAAAGUGCCUAGCAGCUUCGCCUUCUGGGCAAAAGUUAGCCGUAGCCUUAAACAAUGGCAGCAUAUCACUCAUCGACUCGAGAACGGGUAAACUAAUGGCACUGUCGUUCCAACAGAACGCCGACUUAUUCAACGUAAGUUAAAAUAGUCGUGUGUCGUAAGGUAAAAUCAACUUUAAUCAAUUAAAAUAAGGCAUAACGUAAGUUCCCCGUUUUGUUUCCAUGUCGGGCCCUGGACAUGAAUAUUACUAAGAAAUGGUCAAGAUAUCAUAUGAUAAAUCAUCACGAUCUUGCAGAAUACAAGCAGUUUUACUUAUUUUGCUUUUUUAGAUUGAAUGGUUGGACGAGACCCACUUUGCAUCGCUGUACCUCGAUCAUUCUGUUACAGUAUGGCAGAUUGCCAGCGGUCUCAAGUCCUGCUACAAACUGAACGAGGUAGCUCAAUCGCUUGUCAGGUAUUCUGACGAACAAUUCCUCACUCUCAACGCCAACCGGAUGAGGUUCUACCGUGGUGAGAAGUGUCACAACGAGGUAAAACUGCGGUCCGAGUUUAUUCAGGGCCAAAUAUCUGUGAUAGCGCCCCUUACCUUGAACAACAUGUUCUUGGUGGGGUCGUCCAGCGGCAUGAUGCGAUUGUCUUGCUGA